AUGUUUGAAUUCUGGCAGUCAUUCCGGAUUUGCCCAGGAGGCCGUGGUAUCCCUUGCUUCGAAACUAGCGCAGGGACCUCCUCUCCCCCUGCCUGUAGUGGAAGACCUUCUCUCUCAGGGUCUGGUCCUUCAUCCCGCUCCCGACAGGCUGUGUCUGAUGGCAUGGAGAGUGAAAGGAUCCGACUACUACGCCUAGGAUGCUCUGAGAAUGUAAUAAACACUCUGGUGCAAUCUAGGAAAUCAUCUACGAACCAAAUGUAUAACAGAGUAUGGUCCAAAUUUCAAGAGUUUGCUUCUUCAGCAGAUUAUCUUGCCUCGGACGCCUUUGCGGUGGAUACCUCUCUCUGGCUUCUCACCCUGAAGACUGCUUUCUUGGUCGCAGUGACCUCUGCUAAAAGGGGCUCUGAACUUGCUGCUCUGGGCUGUAAAGAACCCUUUACCACAUUCAUGGCUGAUCGUGUGGUCUUGGUGCCCAUGAUUGGGUUUGUUCCGAAGGUGGUGUCCAAGUUUCAUUGUCAACAGAAGAUUGUACUCCCAACACUCUGCUCAGGUGAUUGUGACCGGCUGAAUCGGCUGGAUGUGUCUUUUGACAGCUUGGUUGCUUCUGAAGAUGGAUGCUCGAAAUGCCAUUCCACCUCUGAGCUGUCGGACACAGAGUUCAGUGACGUGUGCAGGGAGGGCUGGCUGCUCUAUAAGCAGGUCCUUGCCAAUAAGGGAAAGAAGGUUGGUGGUGGGCUUCGCCAAUGGAAAAGAGUGUACACAAUCCUACGCGCUCACCAUCUCUUUUUGCACAAGGAGCGCCCAGAGUCACAGGGCCUGGGGCUAGGUGAGGAGGAUCAGCCAAUCAGCAUCAUUGGAAGCCUGGUGGACAUCUCUUACAGCGAGACUAAGAGGAAGCACGUUUUCCGGCUUACGACACCUGAUUUUUGUGAAUAUCUCUUUCAAGCUGAGGAUCGAGAUGACAUGUUGAGCUGGGUCAAAGCUAUCAGAGAGAACAGCAGAACUGAAGGGGAGGACCCCAGCUUUGCUAGCCAUGCUUUAAUCAAAGAAAAACUCAAUGAAUAUCGCAAAGUGAGUGUUUCUGGUGCUAAACUGGACACAUCCCCUAAAGGAACCCGGAGCUUAGGAAUCCGAUCAGAUCUUUUAUGGGCAACAGGACUGGCAGCAUCACGAUCCCUAAAGCAAGAUGGUUCUAUGAAAGCAGAGGAUGGAGUUUCAUCCAAGGUCCCUUGGGGUAUUAAUAUCAUAAAAAAGAACAAGAAGAGCCCUCCACGGGCUUUUGGGGUAAGACUGGAAGAUUGUCAGCCUGCAACUGAGAAUAAGGGUGUUCCUCUAAUUGUGGAGUUGUGUUGCACUUUGGUGGAAGAGAAGGGUCUGGAAUACCUGGGCAUAUAUCGUGUCCCUGGAAAUAAUGCAGUAGUGAUCAGCCUACAAGAACAGCUCAACAAGGGAUUAUGUGAGGCCAACAUACAGGACCAGCGAUGGCAAGACUUGAACGUGGUCAGUAGUCUGCUUAAAUCCUUUUUCCGAAAACUCCCUGAGCCUCUCUUCACUGAUGACAAGUAUAAUGAGUUUAUAGAAGCCAAUCGCCUGGAAAAUUCUAGUGAGAGGAUGAAAAGACUUCGCAAACUGAUUCAGGAGCUCCCUGUUUACUAUUAUGAGACACUACGGUUCUUAGUUCGACAUCUUAAAACAGUAGCUGACCACUCGGAAAAAAACAAGAUGGAGCCUCGGAAUCUGGCUUUGGUGUUUGGCCCUACUCUGGUCCGGACAUCUGAAGAUAACAUGACAGACAUGGUGACACACAUGCCAGAUCGCUAUAAGAUUGUAGAGGCACUGAUCCAACAUUCUGACUGGUUCUUCAGUGAAGAGCACGAGAAAGCUGAAAAGACUCCAGUGGAUGAGUCAGAUUCCCAGUCUGUACCUAAUAUUGAACACCUUCUGCCAAAUAUUGCAAGGACCAUACUUCUAGGGGAUACCUCAGACUCAACCAACAGUGAUUCUGCCAAAGCAAAGGCUUCUCGAAAGGAGUUGUAUGCCCGUGAUAUCCUAUCCAUACCCUUCAUUUCUGCGGUUAAUCGCAAGCGCAGAAAGCGGAGAGAUGAAAAGCGCUUUGGGAGCAGCACAGAGGAGGAUGACUCUGAGCAGGAGGUGACACGAGUAGGACAAACAGAGCAAGGGGCUGAGGUCAAAGAAACGCAAAGAGUGUCCAGGGAAUGUGAAGAUCCAGACUGUCCUAAGCCACAAGAGCAAAAUUCAACCAAGCAAAGAGAUACUGCAGCUGAGAACAAAGAGUCUGGAAGCAGAUGGACAGCUCCUGUAGGAGAGAGGAUUCCUGCUGAUGCCAGGUCUAUUGUUUCUGGCUACUCCACACUCUCUACACUGUGCUCAGAACCAGCCUCUAGUUUGCGUGGAGGAGAGGAGGCUGAUGAUGAGCGCAGUGAAUUCAGUCACAUGGAAACUGACACAGAGGUGGGUGGAGGAAGAGAAACAGAACGGCCUCACUCUCAGGAUUCAUUUACCUCUCAGAGGCUUAUUCCUGGGGAUACUCUAGCUCGCAAGAAAUUGGGGAAGGGUAAACAAGAAACCUCAGAAGAACCAGCAGCUAUUCAUUCUCGUACAACACAGCGCACAAGACCAGCCGUGGAUGACCUGUGUGUAACAGCAAUGAGGAAACCUGGAUCUCCAGAAACACGUCGUAGAAAAAGUGCAUGGAGACGUCACACUGUGGUGCUUCCAGGGCAGAUGACUGAUCUUAACUUUAAUGACUGGAAGGAGCCAGCUCAUGGGACAACAGGAGCAUCUGAACCUGGGGUCGGGCAGAGUGGAGGAGCCCGGACAGAAGGGAAAGAUUCUGGACUCAGUAGUUUGGAAUCUCAGAAAGCCAAAACACUAACUGGUCAGGAAUUGUUAACCAAUAAGGGGGCCAAAUCCCAGUAUCCCCCUCUUCCUAGUCUCCGGCAUUAUUUGUAACCUUUUUAAAAAUGUCUUUUGUUUCUGCAA